AUGGAGGAAGAUCGAUUGGGAAUGUCGAUAACUGGUGAUGUUGUUGAGAUUAUGAAAGACGAAGAUGGCGUUAUUGGUGUAUCAAUUGGUGGAGGUGCGCCAUAUUGUCCAUGUAUAUAUGUGGUGCAAAUUUUCGAGAAUUCACCAAUGGCUUUAAAUGGACGAAUUCAAGCGGGUGAUGAAAUUGUUAGUGUAAAUGGUAUUCCGAUAAAAGGAGAGAAUAAGACGGCGAUUGCAAAAAUGAUUCAAGAAACGGAAGGAUCUGUUAAACUUGGUUUCAAUGUUCUUCAUGCUGAAACAAUAAAUGGACAUACAUUUGAUAUAGCAUUGAAAAAGAUGAAACAUCGUGUUGUUGAAUCAAUAAAUUACGAAACGGCUGAUGCAUUAGGACUGUCUCGAGCAAUUUUAUGUAAUGAUAUUCUUCUUCAAAAAUUGAAUCGUUUAGAACAUUGCUCUCAAUUUUACAAGAAACUUAUCAAACAUCUCAGUGCUUUACUCAAUUCACAUUAUCAUAUUGCUAAAAUUCAAAAGGAAUUUGGUGAUUUAUUCUGUGAAAUAGCUGCACGAGAAACUUCCCCAACAACCAAUAAAGCAUUGUCAACAUUUGGCAAUACACAUCGAGCCCUUGAAAAGCAUACCGUAAAAUUGGUGAAAAGUUUGCAUCCGAUAGUACGUGAUCUGAAUACAUUCGUCAACAAAGCAAUUCCAGAUACAAAAUUAACUCUGAAAAAAUAUUUAGAUGCUAAAUUUGAAUAUUUGUCGUUUUGUUUAAAAUUAAAAGAAAUGGAUGAUGAAGAAGUUGAAGCAGCCGGUUUUGAUGAACAAUUGUAUCGUGUUGAAACGGGUAAUUAUGAAUAUAGGCUAAUGCUACGAUGCAAACAGAACAGUCAUGAGAAAUUCAUGAAGUUGCGGAGGGAUGUUAUGGAAAAGUUGGAAUUAUUGGAUCAGAAACAUGUGCAAGAUAUCGGUGUUCAAUUGUCCAAAUUUGUAAAAGCCAUAAUGGAGACGCACGCAGAAUGUCGAGAUGCUAUUUCUAGCGCAAACGAAUUAUUUCCGAUUGAUAUUGAUCUCGAGCAAAUCGUUCAUCGAUACAAUACUAGCGGUCGACUGGAUGAAGAAGAGGAAGAGGAGAAUGAUACGAUGAGGAUAGUAGAGGAAUCGAAAUCUGAUGAUCUCCUGGAUUUAUCGUAA